AUGCAGCCUGAUUCCGCGCGCAGCCCCUGCCCCUCGUCGGCAGUGCGCCAGAGCCGCGACCUGUCGGGAGCACUUGUCCGCAUGGCCGAGCAGUUUGCCGACCUAGAGGCGCAGGCACUGGUUGUGACGCAUGCGGCAGCAGCAUCGCCCAGCCGCCGCCGCGCCACCGACCCCGGCAGCCCGCUGCCGCCCGGCGCCGGCCCCAGCUGCAGCCAGUACCGCCGCAGCCGCAGCAGCUCCUCUGUCGCCGCAGCAGCCUCCUGCCGUGGAAAAGCGUCGGGGGCGCAGCAGGCCAAGCAAAUCGCCAUGGACGCCGCCUCUGGCGCUGCACGCAGCACUGGCGGUGAUAGCACACAGGAGCAGCCCUUGGACAGCUACCAGCGCUUUGCGGCCCAGCUCUUCCAGGAGCGCUUCUGCCCGCUGCGGCUGGGCCUGCAGCAGCAGCACCAGCCGCAGCCAGAGCAGCAAGAGCAGCUUCUCAAAGAGCAGGAAGAGCCGCCUCAGCAGCAGCCAGUGCAACCGCAGCAGGAGCGGCAGGCGACUACAGUUGCAGCAGCCCCGCACCUGGUGCACCAGCUGCGGCAGCUUGCGGGGAGCCUGGACCGGCAGCAGCAGCAGCAACAGCAGCAGCAGCAGCUGGUGCAGCAUCCCGAAGGAGAAGAGGAGUCGGUGCCGGAGACUCCUCCGGAUGAGCAGUACCAGCAGCAGGCUGCAGUAUCGGCAGUGUACUGCAGCGGCGGCAGCCUGGGGUCUUACGUAUCAGAGGAGGGCGACAAAGUCCUCAUUGCCAGCCCCAACAAAGCGCUGCCCCAGCCUGCAGCGCUGGACACACCUGCUGCUGCUGCACCAGCGGUGCAUGUCGCUGUGGAGCGCCCGACCACGGCCAGCAGCCGGGCUCAGGCGCUGCUGCGGCUCAAGCAGCGGCGCUUGCAGCAGCACCUGCACGAGCAGCAGCCAGGCGGUGGAGGUGCCAGCAGCACCGCUGUCAUGCCUGGGUCUGUGCAGCUUGGGCUGCCUGACGCUGCCAACGCAGCAGCCGCGGCUGAUGCAGUCACGAGCCAUCCGGCCCCUCAGCAGCUGGCCAUCCAUGUCGAGGCAGCAAGCACUGUGUCAGGGGAGCAUGCGGAGCAGGGGCCAGCCCAGCAGCAGCAGGACCAGGGAGGCGAGCAGCCGGCGCGGCAGCCGAAGCCAUUCCUGCGGCGGCGCAGCCAGAUGAUUCCCAUGCAGGCAAGCGCUCUGCAUUAUGCAGCGCCUAAGCUACCAGACUACGGCGCGACUGCGCCGCCGGCGCAGCUGCAGCAGCCAGGCGGCAGGCCUGCCAGCAGCCGAAUUGUGGGCACCGCCGCUGGCCGAAGGGCAAGCAGCCGGCUGGGCGUGGGCUGCCCUGGCACUGCAGACAGCAUGCUUGGCGGUUUGGAGCCUGAAGUGAUGACCUACACACUGCCCCGCACCAGCAGCCGCGGCAGCGCAGCAGCCGCUGCUGCCGCUGCUAGCCGGGCCGCUGCGCAGGGCACAGCCAAGCAGCCAUCGCAGCGGCAGCGCUGGCCGUGGGGCGCCGCCGGCGAGCAGGUGCCCGCACCGGCGGCCGCCAGCCGGCCCCGCACCGCCGCCAAGCAGCAGCAGCAGCAGCAACGCAGCGCUCGGACCACGCCAUUUGCCCCGCGCCCCAACAGCCGGGAGGGCCCAUACUGGCCGCUGGGGGAGUCCGGCACGGGCACCAUGGGGCGUCCGCAGUCGGCUGGGCAGUCGCGGCGGCCGCGCGGCACGCCUCUCUACGAUGCAGCCAGCCUGCUGCCGCUAACACUGGAGGGGGGUCACCAUGCCGGCCUGGGCGGCCACAGCGGCGGCUCUACCCGCGACCGUGGCAGCCGCAGGCGCAGCGGCAGCGGCAGCGGCUUCCGUCACGAGCAGAGUUUCCAGUCGGGCGCCGGCGCCUUGCUACCGCACGGUGGCAGUGGCGGCAGCGCAGCGGAGGCCGCGGCAGGAGCCUCCGGCCCCCUGGACGAUCUGCUAUCACAGGUGGACCGCAUGCUACAGACUGUGGAGCGCGCCAUCAGCUAG